AUGGAAAUAACACCCAUUAAUAUACAUAACGAUAACGAUAAAUUAAACAAAAAAAUUCCAAAUUACGAAAAAGCUGUGAAGGAUUUUUUCACCAAUAUUGAAACAGGAGACCUUUAUGAUUACACAGACUAUGUCCUAAACUUUCUUAAAACCACCGAUUCAAAAGAAUCCAAAAUGAUCGAAUACCUAUCAAGUCAUUGCAAUUCUCAAAACCAAGUGAUCCUUGGCGCGAUUUAUUUGGAGAUGGACGAAGCAAAAAAAGCAUUUCAAGAAUUCAAGAAAGCAGCUGAGAUGAACAACCCUCAUGGACAAUACUUUCUUGGACAUUGUUAUGAAAUUGGGAUUGGUAUAGCUGAGGACGAUGAAACCUCUGUGUAUUGGAAGAAAAAAGCAGCGAAUCAAGGGAUUCCAGCUGCUUGUUAUUUUUUGGGGUAUCAUUACGAACAGGGAGAGGGUGUGCGAGUGAAUAAAAGAACUGCUUUUAUUUUAUUUCGAAAAGCAUUUGAAAGUGGUUAUAGUGCUGCUUCUCUCGAGCUUGCCAUGACGUAUGACGAAGGCGCUGGCACUUUGCAGAAUACUCAUAAGGCCAUAUAUUGGUAUAGGAAAAGUAUAAAAGAUGGAGAUGUGAAUGCAUACGAUUAUUUAAGAGACUUAUUACGCGGGGUACCUUGA